CUCUCUCGGGCCGGGCCCGGCGGGCGCUCGGAGCGUGAGGGCGCGGGCUGCUCCCUCAGUAGCGGGGGCGAGCAGAGGCCGGGGUGCGGGCGGCUAAAAUGAGUGAAAGGAGAAGAUCUGCAGUAGCCCUGAGCUCGCGAGCACAUGCCUUCUCCGUUGAAGCCUUGAUCGGCUCAAAUAAAAAGCGGAAACUGCGAGACUGGGAGGAGAAGGGGCUGGACCUGUCCAUGGAGGCGCUGAGCCCCACAGGCCCACUCGGAGACUCUGAGGACUCGGCGGCACACGGCCUGGAGCCCCACCCGGAUUCCGAGCAGAGCACUGGUUCAGACUCAGAGGUGCUCACUGAGCGAACCUCCUGCUCCUUCAGCGCUCACGCUGACCUGGCCUCAGGUGCCGCCGGCCCUGUGCCUGCUGCCAUGUCCUCCAUGGAAGAGAUCCAGGUGGAGCUGCAAUGCGCUGACCUCUGGAAGAGGUUCCAUGACAUUGGGACAGAAAUGAUCAUCACCAAAGCCGGGAGGAGGAUGUUUCCUGCCAUGAGAGUGAAAAUCACUGGCCUGGAUCCACACCAACAGUACUACAUAGCAAUGGACAUUGUACCUGUGGACAAUAAAAGAUACAGAUACGUGUAUCACAGCUCCAAGUGGAUGGUGGCUGGCAAUGCGGAUUCCCCUGUGCCUCCCAGGGUUUAUAUACACCCGGAUUCUCUUGCUUCUGGAGACACCUGGAUGAGACAGGUGGUCAGUUUCGACAAACUCAAGCUGACCAACAAUGAGUUGGAUGAUCAAGGACAUAUCAUUCUGCACUCUAUGCACAAAUACCAGCCUCGAGUUCAUGUGAUUCGCAAGGACUUCAGCAGUGACCUUUCGCCCACCAAGCCUGUCCCUGUGGGGGAUGGGGUGAAAACAUUCAACUUCCCCGAGACUGUGUUCACCACAGUCACAGCGUAUCAGAACCAGCAGAUCACCAGAUUAAAAAUUGACAGAAACCCUUUUGCUAAAGGAUUCAGAGAUUCUGGGAGAAACAGAACUGGACUUGAAGCUAUCAUGGAAACCUAUGCUUUCUGGAGACCUCCUGUGCGCACACUCACUUUUGAGGAUUUCACUACCAUGCAAAAACAGCAAGGAGGCAGCACAGGUACUUCCCCAACCACCUCCAGCACUGGGACACCAUCCCCAUCGGCUUCUUCUCAUCUUUUAUCUCCAUCCUGUUCUCCUCCAACUUUUCAUUUGGCCCCCAACACUUUCAACGUGGGCUGUCGGGAGAGCCAGCUGUGUAAUCUAAACCUCUCUGAUUAUCCACCUUGUGCCCGAAGCAACAUGGCUGCCUUGCAGAGCUACCCAGGGCUGAGUGACAGUGGCUACAACAGGCUCCAGAGUGGAACUGCUUCAGCCGCUCAGCCCUCUGAAACCUUCAUGCCUCAGAGGACUCCAUCCCUCAUCUCAGGAAUACCAACUCCUCCCUCGUUGCCCAGCAACAGCAAGAUGGAAGCCUACGGUGGCCAGCUGGGGUCCUUCCCCACUUCCCAGUUUCAGUAUGUGAUGCAGGCAGGCAAUGCAGCCUCCAGCUCCUCAUCACCACACAUGUUUGGGGGUAGCCACAUGCAGCAGAGCUCCUACAAUGCCUUUUCUCUCCACAACCCCUACAACCUGUAUGGAUACAAUUUCCCCACCUCCCCUAGGCUAGCUGCAAGCCCAGAAAAACUGAGCGCCUCUCAAAGCACUUUACUCUGCUCUUCUCCCUCCAAUGGGGCUUUUGGAGAGAGGCAGUACCUGCCCACAGGGAUGGAGCACAGCAUGCACAUGAUUAGCCCUUCACCUAAUAAUCAGCAGGCAGCCAACACUUGUGAUGGCCGGCAGUAUGGGGCAGUCCCAGGUUCCUCCUCCCAAAUGUCUGUACACAUGGUUUAGAGGUCAGUCCAAACACCAUGGAGCCUACGGGAGUCAAGCCCCCAGAGUCUCCGUGGGCAGAUCCUCCUCUUUGGGAGCCCCGUGCCUUUGGAAAAUAGGAACUGUGUAUUUUUUUUUUCCUGGAGGGGGAAAACACAUACCCAAGAACAACAAGAGACACUUUUGAGCCACUGAAGAAUACUUGCAGUGAAUCAUCCACAGCUCAGUGGCCAUUCUCCUGCCUUCCCAAACCUUAGUUUUAUAAAGCAUCGUCUAUGCCAGAGUGGCUUUUGAAGAGACUGAAUAAUCGUUUUAUAAUAAUGUUAAGAGAGAUGCUAGCAUGUAGCAGCCAUGAAAAGUUACACACACACACACACACACACACACCCAGACCUACCUAUACCUACUUACAUGCAUACAUACAUGCACAUAUACAAACCUACACAUACACAAAUCACCCUGCACACUGACUCUGAACUGGGUGAACUCUGUGGAUGGAGGCCCAGAGUGGGUGCUUUCACCAAGAAUUUGUCUAUGUACAACACUAGAUGGACUGGGCCAGAAGUAGCCAUCAGCCUUUCUUGCCUGCAGCUUAACCUGCUUCUGGAAAGAACGGUGUAUCCUGGAAUCCCUCUCUGCCUCUGAGGGUGACUGGACUUGGCUUCCUUAAAUUGCUUUUAAACUUGGGCUCUCUCCACGGAGUGUGCUGUCCUUGAUAUUCCCAGUGGUGCGGUAAAAAGGGAGUGAGAGCUUCUGAAAGAGAGAGAGAGAGAGAGAGAGAGAGAGAGAGAGAGAGAGCGAGAGCAAGCAGGAGAAAAUGGAGAGCAAGACAGAGAGAGAGAAGGUGUGAGCAAUGAGAAGAGUUUCACCAAGGAAAUGCGCUAGAGUUUGUUUCCCCGCUACAGGAUACAGAAGGCAUCAUGGUGUUACUAAGGAAUAAAUCUCUCUGGGACACUGUGCAUGGUCAGGGCACCAGUGAGAGGGGCCCAGGCAAGGAAUGUAUCUCCAUCCCACGUUCUGACCACUGUGAUCCAGAAGAGAGAAGCAGCACAUGGGAGUUGCUGAUCCCACAGCAUGCAGCCUGGCAGAGUGGGGAAAGAGAAGAAACGCGAAGAAGGAAGAAUUUUAUAAUUCCCCAGGUGAUAUCAAGAGUAGAGGCAGCAAAUAGAGGCCUGGCCUCCACAUGCCUCCACAGCCUGAGCUGGACCGCCAGACCACUGGCCCCCAAGGCAGAGAAACUCUGUCACGUUCCAGGGAAUUACAGAUGGGUCUCCUACAUGUUUCCACUUGCCUGUAGAUCUCCAUUUUUGUCAAAUAGUUCAUUGCAUUUUGAAGUUUGGGGUUUUUUUCUUUCAUCUUUCCUUUUCCCUUCAGAUCCUUUAAUGAUAAGAAAACAAAGCGAAGCUUGGUACAAGCUAAAAUUUUUAAAUGGUGUGGAAAUGCAAAUAAUGCCAAGUAAAAUAAUACAGAUAAUAUUAAGAUUUUUGGUUUUGAGGUGUUGUAGAUAAAUGUAUUUAUAUGCCUAGUGGGGAAUCCAAUAUUGAAUAUUAAAAAAGGGGGCAAUAAAAGGGUGUGUAAAAUAUGUAUGAAGAAAAGGUGUAUAAAAAUUUGCCCUUAUGCACGGAACUGUUUCUAAGUGCCAAGCACAGAAUGCCGCUAAAUAAAA